AUGCCUCUCUACGACUCCAAAGCAGCCUUCGUCGCUUCGGACAUGAAGGCAUGUCCCAUGCCGCCCUCCGAUCCAUCCUGUCCUAUCUGUCGUGAGGAUCUUCAGCCUCACGAGCCUGAAGCCUCAUCCGCGAGCCCUUCAGGCGAAGCUGCACAGAACGGCACCACCAUCACUGACAGCUCCGCCGAAGACAACGACCCCAUCGCCGCCAACAGCGCACCCGCUGAACCAAAUGAAGAUCACUCCCCCGUCAAGGUCACCUGUUGCAACAACAUCUUCGGCCGCAAUUGUCUAGAGAGCUGGCUCACCAGGGCAAACAGCUGUCCAUUCUGUCGCGCCGAGUUUUUCCCAUCGCAGACUGUACCAACCGGAAGAUGGUUCAACUGGUUUGCUCGGGGCAUGGAGGCUCGAACCGACGUGGGGUUGGGGGCAGCGAGAGCUCGAUCCGGAGAGGGCAUGCAGGCGGCGCAUGCUCGAUACACAGAGAUGAUGGAUCGCAUUACACUCACACACGUAGGAAACCUGCGUGCACAAAUGAUGCUGGAGGAGACAGUGCUACAGCGUACGUUUGAGGCUCUGCAGCAGGCGGGUCCGGAUGUGGGAUUGCCGACCCGGGAUGACGCUGAGGAUGAGUCUGAGUUGUCCUCUGAGUACGAGUCGGAAGAUGAGUCUGAUUCAAUGCCCGAGCUAGAGCCGUUGGAUGAAAGCGAAGGGUACUACUCGGGGUCUGGGUCUGUUCGGAGCGAAGAUGAAGAUGACGAGUCUGAGUUUGAAGAUGAUGAUGACUAUAGUGGUGAUGAGGGUGGAGGAGGCGAUGAGCCCCCGGAGGGACCUGGAUCUGGAGGCGCGGUUUGUGUUGCAUGCGCUCAUACAGGUGCUUCAGUGCGAGCCUAG